GUUCUGUUCUGUGGUUGUGCUUUUUGACUUAGUGAAGUAGGAAGAAUUGUCCAUUCUGUAGGAGAGCGCCUUGCCAGAUAUUUUCAGAUACUGCAUGAGAAACCCUUUUGCUCCUUAUUCAUCAUGGACAUAGCUGUCUCAGAAGACAAGGAAAUAAAGGAUCUAGAUGAAGAAUCAAUAUGGGACCUGAUUGAAAGCCAGCGCCAUAUAAUCACGAGCAAGGUCCGCCCCUGUCACAUCACACCCUUCUUGCGCCAGUGCCGUGUAAUUGGGGAGACAGAUGAGGAAGAAAUUCUUUUUGCCCCCCAUCUUAACCACCGGUAUAUGAGAACUGGGCACAUGCUCGAUCUCUUAAGAACUCGGGGAAAGAAAGGAGGUCUUGCCUUUUUGGAGUCUUUAGGAUUUUAUAAUCCUGAAAUUUAUACAUUAAUAACUGGGAAGGAACCCACCAGGGAUUGUAGCAGCAUGCUCGUUGAGAAAGGAAAUUUGGAUUUAAUUCAGUUUCUAAUGAAUGAAGUGAUGAAGGCUCAGAAAUGGCUAGGAGAAGAGAAAUACCACAGACAUCGGUUGCAGGAUAAAUUUCGAAGCUUGGAAGACCAAAACCAGCAACUGAAGACUGAGCUCAAGGGUUUGAAGACAGCUGAGGCUAACUUGAGCAGAAUUAAGAUGGACUGGAAUCAUCACCAUGACGAAAUGAUUCGGUUGAAAGAGGAGAGCUAUCAGAUAUUAAUGCGGUAUACAAAUACUCUGCGGGAGAAGGAAAUGUCCGUGACACGGAGCAGAGAGCUAUAUCAACAGGUGGAUGAUCUUAGGAUGGAGAAUAAGAAACUAAAACUAGAAUUUGAUGUUGAGCGAAGAAUGUCCUCCAAGCUGCGUGAAGCAUUCAAGCCUAAAGAAGACCAACUUUUAAACUUAAAAGGAGAAAUUGAUAAACUGAGGUCAAGGAUUCAAGAGUUGCAAAUAAACCCAGUGACAAUUGACAUGUUGGAGCAGGAACGUGUAGAAGCUCUGGAAGACAAGCAGGAUCUGAUGAAAGAGAUCAGUUCACUGCGGUUGGAGCUCGAUCAGGCUGAACGUCUAAGGAAUGAGUACCUGGAUGAAAAGGAGAAUAUGCUGAUGGAGUGUGCUACUCUGAAGAUUGACUGUGAUAUGUACAAAGAUAAAAUCACCUCACUCCAGACACAAGUGUUAGAGCUGCAAAAAGAACGUGAUGAGGCAUAUUCAGCCAGGGAUGAAGCACAAUUGCAAAUUAGCAAAACGAUCAUGGACAAAGAUUUAUGUCGUCGCCAAGUUAUUGAAUUACAGGACACGUACCGUGAGUUGAAUAAGGAGCUGCUGCAGUUAAGAUCAAACAGGAACAAACAGGAGAAAGUAACAAAUAAUAAAACUCCUCCACGUGAAAAACCCAAACUGAAGCGUCUGCAAGCAGUGAAUCCCAGGACCACCAGCUAUGACAGUGAUGAAAGCAGUUGCAGCAGUCAAUUACCACUCAAAAAGCCUGAAUCAUCUCCUGAAAGCUUACUAUCUAUGACUGGAGCCACUGCAGCACCUGAACAAGACUGGCUGUUCUUACGAGGGCCUCCUCAAAUGAAGUUAAUGAGCAAAAUAUCUUUAUAUAAAUUCAAUGGAGAUGGCAUCCUGGAUCAAAUUGAAAUAAUUGGUGGGAAUUCAACUGGAAUAUUCAUUCACAAAAUCAAACCUGGAUCUCCAGCAUAUAACUGUGGCCUUGAGCCAGGAUUUCAGAUCAUGAUGGUGGAAAAUAAUGACAGAGAUCCAAAAAAGACUGUACUGGAGGAUGCCAGUUUGGAGGAGGCUGUUUGGACCUUGAAGCAAAUUAAAGGGAUGUGUUCUUUAGCCAUAAGGCAUAAGGGAGAAGCAUAUCAAACAUUGGCGGAAAAUAUUAAGAAGAAGAUUGCUACCUCGGGUGAUUCGUUCUACAUCCGCGUCAAUGUUUCAUUUGAUAAGGAAAGUGGGGCUAUUGGAGAAUUUACUGUUCAGUGCAAUGAAAUCCUGCACAUCACUGACACCAUUCACAAAGGCAAUAAUGAGUGGAAAGCGUUCAGAGUGAAUCGGAACACAAUGGCAGAUAUGGAAGGUGGAACUAUUCCAAAUUACUAUUGGGCUCAGCAUUUGUUGAUUGGAACAAUUCGGAACAUGAUGCAACAGCCCCCAUCAAGUAAAAAGCAAGGUUGGAAAAAGUCAUCUUCAAACCAAAAUAAGUUUAUGAGAAUAGUCAGCACUGAAAUAAGUCAGAAAAAUCCACACUGGUUAUUGUUUGACUAUGGUACCAUUAAUCCCAACAAAGAACAAGAUGACAAGUCUCCUGGCAGUUGCUUUACAUUAAUGCCCUACUCACUGGUCAGGCCGUGCCAUCCACCAUCUCUGCGACCAGUGAUAAUAGCGCCCACUUGCAUUGGAAAAGUUGUGCUUGAGAAGCUGAAGGACCUAGCCGAGUAUGAGAAAUGUAAAUAUGAGUGCUUGAAUAGUACUGAGUAUGCUGCAAAAGACAGAAAAGGAGAUAUUUUGGGUGUGAUUGAAGUACAGAACCUACUUCGUUCCUGUUACACACGGACAGCUGUAGAAGCUGUAGUUGCUAAGAAUGCCCACUGCCUGUUGCAACUUGGGCUGGAUUGUGUGAAGCAAUUACAUAAAGUGGAAAUCUAUCCCAUUGUCAUUGUCAUUCGUCUCUGCGAGAAGAACAUUAAGAAAAUUAAGAAGAUCAUGCAGAAAUAUGGAGUGACAGAGGAUUUGCUGUUGCAGUGUUAUCAAAGGGAAGAGACUUGCUUGGAUACAUUGCCGUGCCUGUACAACAGCAUUGCCAACGGUUGGAGUGAUCUUGAUUCACUCGUCAACUUAGUCAAAGCUGCAAUAAAGGAUGAACAAAAGAAAAUUGUCUGGAUUGAAGAAAACCCACUCUAGUGCAUUUAUUUAAGGAUUGUGUGUAAGAAAAGGUGAAGAGUUUACUAAUGAGCGAGUGAACUGUCCUCUCGUUCUUAACAUGUGGGUGGAAAAAGAAAUUAUUUUUGGUAUGUUUUCAGACAAAGGAUUUUGUUAAAUUUUCAUUCAUACCUCCGGAAAUACACUUUUUUUAUUAAAUAGAAAAGUCAAUAAUCUAUUUGUAUAUUUUAAGAUGCGCUUCCUCUGUGCAGCCCCUGCCAUUCCAUCUCUCCUACUGGUUGGGCAUCAAGUAGCUUCAGGGAGAGAAAAAUAAAAAAAAUGAACACUCUUAUUGGGUAUAAAACAAAAAUAAAAACAUUUCUUCAUUUGUGGGGUGCAGUAAUUCCAUGAGUACUGACUGAAUAAAAGCAGUAAUGUCAAAAUGAUUGAAUAUUUAUAAAAAGACAAGCAGUUGUGGUGGGGAGAUUAUUUCCAAUGAAUUUCUAUGGUAAUGAUUAAAGUUAUAGAAAGAUAUAUUUGUAAAAAUAUUAUAUAGGAUCUUUUAUUGCACUUAGCAAAUGGACUCCGAGAAGGCAGCUCACAAUCACCUUCUCAAGGGUAAUGAGGGAGCAGCAGCAAAUAUUGCCCUAAUCAGUGGCACCCACAUCUCAUGAAAUAGUAAUUUAAAAAAAAAACACAUAUCUUUGCUAUUUUACAUACUUUGUAAAGUCCUUUAAGAUAUUUUUCCAUGUUUAAGAAAGAUUUAUGGAAACAUAAGUUGUAAAUUGGAUACAGUUGCAAUGAUAAACAAUUUGACAGCUGUCAAUGCAUGCAGUAGCAAUGAGUUUAUGUAAUUUAGAUUUUUGGAUAACAAAAUAAGUGACAGCCACCUUAGUAUUUGUCUUAAUAAUAUAACUUAUUGCCAAAUACUUAUGCUGCCAUCCGUUGUUUCACUAUUAAUUGGAACUUUGUGUAUUUAUAUACGUAUGAUAUCUUUUUAAAAUGUUUGCUUUUUGUUGACAGCUGCAUGCUUGCAUGCACUAAAGACUCUGUAAGAGUCCAUUUUUUUCAUGAAACAGUCAUUAUAUUAUUUAAAUACUUGAGAUGUUUCAAGUGACAUGUUAGAUUUGCUUGAAACAGUGAUAUUGUGAACAAUACUAUAAAUAUUUGUUGAAGUGUGAGAAUUGAAUGAAUGUAAUCUAAGAUGUACUAUUAUAAAUCAUUUGUCCGAUUGUUUCCAAAAGAGCAAAUAUUUAACAUCUUGAGAUUAUUUAAAUAUAUAAAUUGAACAAUGGACAUCGCUAAAAA